UAAGAAACGCAUUUUGUCUAAUUCGAAUUUAGUGAAAAAGGUGGCAGCUCUGCCUCGAUGAUUUAGUAUCAGGGCUACGACGUCGAUUAUUUUUUGUUUAUUAAUAUUGUUUUCAUUUACUGUUGCUUGAAGCAGGCGAAUGAACCUGGAACAGACUCCUCCUGUAAUGCGCACAGCAACCGCCUGAGAUUCUCGCAGUAGCCACGCAACAUGGUGGGUGUGGGUGUGAGUGAAGUUGGUAUUCCGGCGUCUUCGGAAGAAUCCGUAAAAUUCGGCCGGAAUCGGCAUCGCAAGUCAAAGGCUCACUCGAACAAGGCUCGCAAAGCAGCCAAAGAGGCAACCGCCAAGAAGUCUGCGGGAUCGGGAACGGAGAGCAAUCCGGAGCACGUAAAGGUACAAGGCCCAGGCGAUCGUAGUGCAGGAAUCCUAACUGGCGACCAGUUCCUGGAGAGUUUGCUCCAGACUCUCUACAGGUCAUGGCUUCAAUUGCGCCGCCUGGUAGAUUUUGUGAUGUCAGAGCUAGGUGGAAAUGAUUUCCUGGAGGCCACCGCAGCCUGGUGCACCCGGAAUCCGCACGUUGCCAUCUGCCUGCUAGCUGGCGGUCUUGUAUUCAUGCUGCCCUUCCUUAUAAUCUUUGGGUUUGGAAUAGCCACCAUGGUUAUGACCUUUACAGGUUUGCUGGUGCUAGAAGGUGCGUUCCAUAGUGUUAAACAGAGAUCACGUUCUAAUCGCCUCGUUUUAGGAACACUCCUGACCAUUGUGUCCAUGGUGUUCUUCGCCUGCCUGGGAGGACUAGUCAUAAUGGUACCUCUCUUCGGAGUCGCCGCUGUUGCUGCCUAUUUCGGAUUCGCCCAGGUGUAUGGCCUAUGUGAUGAAAUGGAGCUCCAUAAGAACGCGUGGGUCAAGUUCUUUAGGGAUCAACGGAAGGCCGGCGAUCCACCACCAGCUGUGACCAUAACCGAUGAACCUACUCCUACGACUGCAUAACCCAAUAUUGCUUGCCCAACUUAUAUACAUACGUAUUAAGAGAUUAAAGACCAGUGUUUGAAUACUUUCGGAAAUUAAAAAA